UUUUUCAACUUGUAAAAUUACGAAAACUUGGGCUUAGCGAUAAUGAAAUCCAACGACUUCCGCCAGAGAUAGCAAACUUCAUGCAGCUGGUAGAACUUGAUUUGUCUCGAAAUGAUAUUCCUGAAAUCCCUGAAAGCAUCUCAUUUUGCAAAUCAUUACAAGUAGCAGACUUCAGUGGAAAUCCUCUCACCAGGUUACCUGAAAGUUUUCCUGAACUACAGAAUCUAACAUGCCUCUCUGUAAAUGACAUCUCACUUCAAGCAUUACCUGAAAAUAUUGGAAACCUCUAUAACCUGGCAUCACUGGAAUUAAGGGAGAAUCUAUUAACAUAUUUACCUGAGUCAGUUGCCCAGCUGCAGAGACUAGAAGAACUAGAUUUAGGGAAUAAUGAACUUUAUAACUUGCCAGGAACUAUAGGUGCACUUUAUAAUCUUAAAGACCUAUGGUUAGAUGGAAACCAGUUGGCUGAAAUACCUCAGGAAAUAGGAAACCUGAAAAACCUGCUGUGUCUGGAUAUCUCUGAAAACAAACUGGAAAAGCUACCUGAAGAGAUAAGUGGUCUGACCUCUUUAACUGACCUCCUCAUCUCUCAGAAUCUUCUUGAAAUGUUACCAGAUGGUGUAGGAAAAUUAAAAAGGCUAUCCAUCUUGAAGGUUGACCAGAACAGGCUUAUUCAAUUAACAGAAGCAGUAGGAAACUGUGAAAGUCUUACAGAAUUAGUUCUUACAGAAAACCAGCUGCUGACUUUGCCAAAGAGCAUUGGAAGGCUAAAGAAGCUGAAUAUAUUGAACGUUGACAGAAACAAACUUGUAUCUUUACCUAAAGAGAUUGGCGGGUGUUGCAGCCUAAAUGUAUUUUCAGUACGGGACAAUCGAUUAUCUAGGAUUCCACCAGAGAUAUCUCAUGCCACAGAACUUCAUGUUCUUGAUGUAGCUGGAAACAGGUUGAUACAUCUUCCCAUGUCACUCACUAGCUUGAAACUGAAAGCUUUGUGGUUGUCUGAUAACCAGUCUCAGCCUUUGCUUACGUUCCAGACAGACACAGACCCUGAAAUGGGAGAAAAAAUUUUAACAUGUGUUUUACUUCCUCAAAUGCCUUCUGAGCCUAGUUGCCAAGAUAAUCUUCCCCGGUGCGGCGCAUUGGAGAACUUGGUAAAUGAAAUGUCAGAUGAAACAUGGAAUGAACGGGCAAUAAACAGAGUCAGUGCAAUCCGCUUUUUAGAAGAUGAAAAAGAUGAAGAAGAUAAUGAAAUGAGGACACUUCUAAGGCGAGCCACUCCACACCCUGGAGAAUUAAAGAACAUGAAAAAGACAGUGGAGAAUUUACGGAAUGAUCUGAAUGCUGCUAAAGGACUGGAUUCAAACAAAAAUGAGGUCAAUAAUGCCAAUGACAGAGUGACCACUUCUGUGUAGAGCCUCACCUCCUCCAGAUUGUUACUCCUGUGUCUUCCUUCUGCUGUUGAAACAUUACUGUUGCAUCCUGGAAAUGCCAUCCAUUCAACUCUCAUGUGUUUUUGACCAGAAACCCAACUCAUCUUGUCCUUGUGUCAUUUCUUGGGAAGGUGCUUCUCAUCGGAAGAAAAGUCCCUUACUUCAUUCCAAGCAUUUGAAUGCAGAGGGCACAACUGCACUGAGAAAUGCUUUCUACACUCUUGUCCUUUGCUUGCAUCUCUCCUGUUUGUCUGCCAGUGAAUUUCCAGUGUUGUCAUUUUCAUAGAUUUUAAGCUGUUUGUUUCUUUUUCUUUUCUUUUUUUUGGAUAAGGGGAGUACACUAUUAUAGAACCUUGGUUGGUUUUCUACUAAGAUAUUCUCCUCAAAUCCCUUUAUGGCUGAAGUAUUUAUAUGGCUGUUUGACGUACCAUGAAAAGAACUAAUUAUAUGGAGAAUUUAUACUUUUUACCUCCUUGGCAGCUCAGAUGAUGUAAAUUUUAUAAUUUUGUAUAGGAGUUUCAUAACAAAAACAAAUGUUUUUAAAAGAAAAUUUAAAAAGUAGAUUUUGCUAUUUCUAUUGGAUUAAUUCCAAAGAUGUUCAUAUUUGUCCUAUUGCAUGUGCCUUAAUGCAGCCUAAAUCAAGUUAAACAAAAAUGUAGUGAGAUUAGUUAAAAGCAGGGUGCCUCUUUUGAUGUGUUAUCUUGUGAAUAAUUAACUUUUACUCUCCUUUGCAAAAGUUGUUAAAGGCAUCUUUUUUCUACUAUUAUGAUGACACUAGAUUCUCAAGCUCUUCCUGCCUUGUGAUAUUAUUCAUUCACAAUUAUGAAAAAUAAGUUUGGCUGCCAAAGCAUUGCAGUCACUAGAAUUUCAGUGCCCAUCUUUAACUAUACCAUCUGUAAACAAGUUUAAAAAACUGAACAAAACACACAGCAGCAAGUGCAUAUGUUGUGGAAACAAAAUGUUAUGUGCUAUUCAGGCAUGAUAUUCUCAUAUGUUUGAAAGGUUUUAUAGGUAUAUAAAACCUAAUAAAUACUUUAAGAAACA